AUGACUGUGGACGAAGAGACUUACAAACGGUUGGAGGAUUUACCCUUCGCCUCAAAGGAUGGCAAAAACACCCCAAAAAUCACGGAACCAAUCACAUUUUCCCUCGCAAAGGACCCUACUGGCAAAGUGACAUUAUUUCCCAUCCACGACGCCAGCCAAGUCCCCAAAACUCUACUCAAGGUCAUCCAGCACGAAAUCAACUACGUCAUCGAAGAGGGAACAACAUACCCCUACCACGAAAUCAUGGACUUCGACCAAUUUGUCCUGUACUGGUUUUCCGCGUUCGUGGCCGUUCUCAUCGAAGGUGACCACCAAUCGUUAUCAGAUGCGCACUUUCAAGACCAACCCGAAGACUUCUGGAGAACCCACUUUUUGGGAACAUUUUACGUGAAGCCCAACUACACGGGAAGAUGCUCGCACGUCUGCAACGCGGGCUUUGUAGUCAACCAUGAGAAGCGAGGUUUGGGCCUAGGCAAAGAAUUGGGUGCCAAAUACUUGGUGUGGGGGCCGCAAUUAGGAUACGUGUACUCGGUGUUCAAUUUGGUGUUUGAAACCAAUACAGCAAGCUUGCGGAUCUGGAACUCGCUUGGUUUCGACCGUAUUGGCUAUGUCAAGAAUGUGGCCGUGUUAAAGGGCCAUCAAAGCCUAGUGGGAGCAUAUAUGUACGGUAAGGACCUUGUAUAA